AAAAAAAACAGAAAAGUUCCCACUACUUCCUGCAACCAACAACAGCGUGUAGGUGUCGUGACUUAUUACAAAAUCAAAAUGAGUUUACCGCUGAAUCCCAAACCGUUCCUGAACGGUCUUACUGGCAAGCCCGUGAUGGUGAAGCUGAAGUGGGGUAUGGAAUACAAGGGAUACCUGGUGUCCGUGGACAGCUACAUGAACAUGCAGUUGGCCAACACUGAAGAGUAUGUAGAUGGAGCGUUGGCUGGACACCUAGGAGAGGUGCUUGUCAGAUGCAACAAUGUCCUGUUCAUAAGAGGAGUAGAAGAGGAGGAAGAGGAUGGGGAAAUGAAAGAAGCUUGAAAGCUGAAUGCUUCAGCAGGCUUCUUCUACUUUCUUUAGUUAAUAUUUUUUUUCCAUCCGGUCGCUAAUCUUGUUCACUGAAUUAGUCCUCAUUUUUUAAUGAAAAACAUCUUGUGAAAACAGUUAUGUAUUUUUUAUAUGAUGAUGAUGAACCAAGCUGUUGUGCCUCUCAGGGCACAAGGAUAAUAAAAUUGUGCAUAUUGCACUUUUCAGGAACA